GACUGUCUGCGUGUGCGUGUGGAACGGCCGUGCCUUGCAGCCCCCCGCCCCGCGGCCGGCCCGGCCCCGCGCCCCCCGCCCGGCCAUGGACCGCCGCAGCCGGACCUCCGCCGGUGCCCCCGCCGCCGCCUGAGCGCCGCCGGCGCCCCGCGCCCCGGGAAGCGGAGGGCAAGAGGCAGCGGGCGGGGGCUGCCGGAGCCCCGCCGCCGGAGCCACGGGACCGCCGCGCUGUGAGCGGCCGCUGCAGCCCGCGGAGGGCUCUCCCUCGCCUCUCUUCGUUUGUUUUGCCUUCUCCCUUCCAUUAUUCUUUUGGCCCUUUUCCCUCCUCUUGUUUUUGUGAUUGUAUUCCCACCCCCACCCCCUACUUCCCCUUCUCCCUCGCCCAGCUCCGCGGACGUGCCCGCUCCCGGAGGAAGGCACCGGCACUGCCCCGCGCCCACGGAGAGGGGCCCCGCCAAGCCCCCGGGCCCCUGAGCGGAGCUCUCCUGCGGCCGCCCGUCCUCCCUGCUGGGCGCACCGCCUCUUUGUCCUCCCGCACCGACUUUUUUUAUCGUUAUUUUUAUUCCCCCCCACCCCGCAUUUUUAAGCAGACCUGAACAUCACCGGGGGCGGGGAGGGUGGGGGGCCCAGCGAGACGCUGCCAGACCGACCCCUGCCCAUCUCUCCUAAGGAACUCUCAUGGCUUCACAGCUGCAGACAAGUUGCCGUGCAUCUUGCUGGACUAUCGGAGUUUGCAUCCUGGCGGCCGCGCUCCUCCCAGGACUGCAAGCUCAGAUUGUCUUGGUCAAUGACACAGUCUCGGGGUUCAUCGGGACGGACGUGGUCCUGCACUGCAGCUUCACCAACCCCCUCCCCAACGUGAAGAUCACGCAGGUGACAUGGCAGAAAGCCACCAACGGCUCCAAGCAGAAUGUGGCCAUCUACAACCCUGCCAUGGGGGUCUCCAUCCUCUCUCCCUACAAAGAGAGGGUGACCUUCCGGAACCCUUCCUUCAAGGACGGCACCAUCCAGCUGUCUCGGCUGGAGCUGGAGGAUGAGGGGGUUUACAUCUGUGAGUUUGCAACCUUCCCAACAGGCAACAGGGAGAGCCAGCUGAACCUCACAGUGCUGGCCAAGCCCACAAAUCGGAUGGAGGGCACCAAGCGGCCGCUUGUCGCUAAGUCUGGCAGGACAGAAAAGAUCCUGGUAGCUACCUGCACCUCCUCCAACGGGAAGCCUCCCAGCACUGUCACCUGGGACACCAAGCUGAAGGGAGAAGCAGAGUUCCAGGAGAUCCGGAACAGCAACGGCACCAUCACAGUGAUCAGCAGGUACCGGCUGGUGCCCAGCCGGGAGGCGCACCGGCAGCAGCUCAUGUGUGUGGUCAACUACCAGCUGGAUCGCUUCACAGACAGCAUGACCCUCAAUGUGCAGUAUGAGCCAGAAGUCACUAUUGAGGGCUUUGAUGGCAACUGGUAUCUCAACCGGAAGGAUGUGAAGCUGAUAUGCAAAGCAGAUGCCAACCCCCCGGCUCACACCUACGAAUGGAAGCUGCCAAAUGGGACCCUGCCAGGGAGUGUGGAAAUCCAGAACAACACCAUCUACUUCAAGGGGCCUGUGUCCUACAGCGUGGCAGGAACCUACAUCUGUGAGGCCUCCAACGCCAUUGGCACACGGUCAGGCUUGGUGGAAGUCAAUGUCACAGACAAGCCACUACCUCAAGGCGCCCCAGGAGGCAUUAUUGGCAUCGUGGGAGGAGCCAUUGCAGCAGCUCUCAUCAUCGGGGUGGUUGUCACUGUCAUUAUUGUCUACAGGAGGCAGCAGAAGAACCGCACCGAGACCGACAGUGACCUAACUGACUUGCCUCCAUCCCACAAACCUGCCCCUCCACCAAAGAGGAAACAGGAGAUGAAAAGCCACCUGACUGCAGAAGACAUCCAGGUUGUUCACUUAGACAACAUGAAGCAUGAGGAGGAAAUCCAGAGGCUUGCUUUGCAGACUCCAUACUAUGACAUGGCAGCCAGUGAGCCCUCUCCCUACUCUGACAAAAUGUAUACCUUGGGGUACUUUCUGGCUACCACAGAGCUGGAGAUUGGGUGUGCUCUGAACUGAAGCCCCAGCCAACACAUUCAUCUCAGCAAAGGAACCAUGAUUUGGAGUCUGCCAAAUCUGCCUUUGGUCUCUCUGUUUGGCAAGGUGAUCAGGUGCUGGAAAACCCAAGGGUCUCUGACAUCGUGGAAUCAACCCAGCACUACUUCCCAUGGAGGAAAAGCAAGCAAAAAAAUAUAUCCCAUUACCUGCUUCCCCAUUUGCAUGCCUGUAAUAGCAGGAUGCUGCCUGCACAGUGGCAAUUAAAGCAGAUUUGAUUUGGAGCCCUCACCUGAUGCACUUCCAGACAGAGCUGAGAAUUUAAAUGCAAA